AUGGAUGUGUCUUCUCCAUUAAAGAAUACCGAUGUUUAUUCGUUAAUUCAAGAAUGGCAAUGUUUUCUCACUCAUCUUUAUCUUGUUAUCGAUAAUAAUAGUCAAUAUUCAACAUUUAAUCUUGAUCGAUUCUCUCAUUGUCUCACUCAUCUUACAUUACACUUUUACCGAGGUAUUCAAGUAUCAUUUGCAUGUCUUGAACGAUGUUUGAUUAAAUUGUUUCAAUUAACAAAUUUCACUUGUCAAGCAAAUGGUUCAUGGGAUUUAAUCGAUGGAAAACAAUGGGAACAAUUACUUUUGAAAACACGAAUUAUUCGAUUUAAUUUCAAAUUUAAGUUGAAUUUCACUUGGGAAAUUCCAUCAAUACUGGAACCAUUUCGUUCAUCAUUUUGGCUUGAACAACGACAUUGGUAUGUCGGAUGUUACCAAGAUGAAUCAGACACAAGCACAAUUAUCUAUUCAAUACCUCGAUUUCGAAUACGUACGCUUAAGUAUCCUUCAGUUGAAUUUUCACAUAUGACAACAGCACCAUCGAAUAUCGAAAAAAGGUUUCUCUAUUCAAGUAGAAUCAAUUAUUUCUCGUGUAAUAUGAAUAAAUUAAUUACACCAGUUGGUUGUCGCUUCAAUCAAGUUAAAUCAUUGACACUUUCGGGUUCAUCAUUAUUAUCAUUGAAUAUUCUAUCAUCAAUUGUUGAUCUUCAACAAAUUCAAUAUCUAGAUGUGGCCGAUAUUCAUCUCUUGUUACCUGAUGAACUUGAAAAUCUUAUUGCUCAUACUCCUCGUGUCACUCGUUUAUCAAUGAAAUUCGAUCCAUUGUUCAUUAUACCUUAA